UCGCGGUGGGCGGGGCGCGACCUGCAGCGUCGGUGGUAACCCAAGCUGCAGCAGAGAAGCAGUCGUGCAGCGCAAGAGCCUAGACACCCGGUUGGCUUCGGCUAAGGUGCAUUGGGGGUCCUCAUCUCGUCCGUGAGGCUGGAGGAGGGAGAAAACAUGACUGCUGGCUCAGUGUGUGCCCCUCAGAUCAUACCACUGCGAGUGCCCCAGCCUGGAAAAGCCAACCAUGAGAUUGAUACCAAUACUCUUUUGGAAAUGAAAUCUGACACCCCAGAUGUCAACAUUUAUUACACCCUGGAUGGCAGCAAGCCUGACUUCCUAAAGAAAGUUGGUUCUGGUGAAAAUAAUACAUUUAAGUACAUAAAACCUAUUACUCUGCCUGAUGGGAAAAUACAAGUUAAAGCUGUUGCCGUCUCUAAAGACUGCAGACAAAGUGGAAUUGUGACAAAGGUGUUUCAGGUUGACUAUGAGCCCCCGAAGAUUGUCUCCCCUGAAGAGAGUGUUGAAGGCUUUUCAAAGCAGGAAUUAAAAAAUGGGUUUGUCGGACCAAAAUUAAGGAAGAAGUAUAAGAAUGCUGAAAACAAGUCAACUUGGAACGUUAACCUUAGACGGCUUGCAGACCUCAAAGUAGGUGAAAGAGCAGACGCUAAAACUCUGAAAGAUCUUCGCUUCGCUGAGGGUCCGCUGGAAAUGCCCCCCACCUACCAUGAUGCGUCUGCUACUAGGAUAGCUGCUCAUCCAUCCCAGUCCCCUGGCUUUGCACACAUCACUGGCCAGAAGAGUCUGACAAGCACUGAGGUCGCACGGAUCCAGAGGGACACGGACUUCCUCAAGUGUGCCCACUGUCUGGCCUCCCGUCCAUCUGAUCCCUUUGCUCGCUUCUGUCAUGAAUGUGGGGCUCCUGUUCCACCCAUAUUUGGCUAUCGUCUUCCACCCCCAGAAGCGGCUCAGAUGGGCCUGUGCACAGAGUGUGGAAGCGUGGUACCCAUGAACACCCCCAUCUGUGUGGUGUGCGAGGCUCCUCUUGCUCCACAGCUGCGCCCCCAGGCCAGCCUCCACCUGAAGGAGAAGGUGAUCUGUCGCACCUGUGGCACCGGGAAUCCUGUUCAGCUGAGAUACUGUGUCACCUGUGAGGGGACCCUCCCUGGAGCACAAGAGCAGUGGCUGUGCAGUGGAAACGAAGUCUCUCGUCCACCCUCUCGGAACGGGGAGACCAUUUCCUGCUCCAGGUGUGGCUGCCAGAACCUCUGGGAGGCAUCCUUCUGCGACUGGUGUGGAGCCACGCUUGGCAUUUCUGGUAGCCACUCUGUGUGCCCAAAAUGUGGGGCCAACAAUCAUCUGUCUGCCCGGUUCUGUGGCACCUGCGGUAUUUACGUGAAGUCCAUAACCCGCUUUAGAAUGAACAGCUUGGCCCUAGUUGCUGGGGGAUCACGCCCAUUUUCUGAGCCCCGAUCUGCCUGGCAGUCCCUGAGUGUCUCUUUGCCCAGCCCUGCUAUUGGGUCUAAGAAGGACACGGGCACACAGACCUCUGGCCUCUUCUACCCAUCUGGCAAGCUCCUGGCAAAGAAGGAACUGGAGGCGGCUUGUCACAGGCAGAGGCAGGAGAAGAUGAGUGACCACAGGCCAGUGCUCACGGCUGUCAGCCCAGGAAGAGGCUACUGGAGAAAACAAUUGGAUCACAUCUCUGCUCACCUCAGGUCCUAUGCUCAGAAUAACCCUGAUUUCCGGGCCUUGAUUGCAGAACCCAGGAUGGGAAAGCUUAUCUCUGCCACUGUCCAUGAAGAUGGCUACGAAGUUAGCAUCAGGCUGAACUAUGUUCAAGUCUCAAACAAGAACCUGUACAUCAACAAGGCGAUGAAUCUCAGUGACCACUUUCUGAGCAGUAUCAGCGAAGGUGGAAACGGGCUGUAUGACAGCAGGGCCAGCUUGGUUAGUGCCUAUAGCCAGAGCGCCUCAGACAUGCCUGAAAAUAUCAAGAAGAUGAAGGAUCUCAAGACCAAAAACUUGCACAGAAACCCAGAGCUGCCUGCACCUGAAAACAGACUCCUGCUGGAGGAGGUUGGCCCCGCCGGGAAAGGAAGACUGUCCGUGCUGGAACAGCUGCUCGAUGAAGGAGCAGACCCUAACUGUUGUGAUAGUCAAGGGCGACCCGCUGUUAUCGUGGCUGUUGUGAAUAAACACCAUGAAGCCAUUCCAGUUCUUGCUCAGAGAGGAGCAGACAUCGACCUGCAGUGGGGACCGUUCAGAAAUACAGCUCUUCAUGAAGCAACUCUGCUUGGCCUGGAAGGAAAGGAGAGCAUCACCACGUUACUGGGGUGCAACGCAAAUCCUCAAAAGAAGAACACCAGAGGCCAGACAGCAUAUGACAUCGCUCUUGAGAUUGGGGAUGACUUCACCGCUUCGCUCUUUGCCGCUAAGUUCAGCCAAGGUCUGGAGGACCAACUCUCCCCGUCCGGGAACCCCAUCCUAGGUGACAGUUAGAUCUGACGUAGUCACAAGGCUGCAAAGAGACUAUCCAGCUACAGAUGUUCUUGUUUUUGGAAUGUGUAUUUAAGUGUAAGAAUCAGAAUUGAAAGGAACUCAUAAGAUGUGUGUGUAUGCGUGUGUGUGUGUAUGUGUGUGUGUGUAUGCGUGUGUGUGUGUGUAUGCGUGUAUGUGUGUGUGUGCAUGUGUGUAUAUGUGAGUGAAUGUAUGAGUGUAUGUGUGUAUGUGUAUUCGUGCACAUACACACACUUGCAAGUGGUAGGAGGGACUGAACCCAGGGCCUUGCAGAGGCUAGGCAAGUGUACCACUGUGCUAUAUUCCUAGCCUUCUUUGUUUUGAACGUGUGAAUUUGCUCAGACUGGUCUUGAACUUACUCUGUAGCAUAGAAAGGCCUUGAACAACUUGGGAUCUUCCCUCCUCAGCCUCCCAAGUAACUGAGAGGACAUGCUGGGACCAGCAGACCCAGCUCUUUUUUCUUUUUCUAACUGGUAUUACUAUCGAAUACCAUAUAUACUUUGGAGUAUGGGGAAAUUAAAAUAUGUUUUUUAAUAUUUUAUUUUCUGUUUUGUUGUUUUCUUUUUAUUUUUUCUUUCUUUCUUUUUCUUUUCUUUCUUGCUUUUUUUUUUUUUUGAGUCAGUGUCUCAAUAUACAGCCAUGACUGGCCUAGAAUUUGAUACAUAGACCAGGCUGGCCUUGAACUCACAGAGAUCAAUCUGUCUCUGUCUCCCAAAUGCUAGGAUUAAAGGCAUGUGCCACCAUGUCCAGAUACUUUUUAAUGUUUUACUGAUAAUUUUGAAGUUUGGUUUUAAAUUUUUGUUUUUCUUCUUUAUUGUUGUUUUUGAGACAGGGUCUCAUGUGCCCUGUCCUUAAACUUGCUAUUUAGCUGAAUAUGACCUUGAACUCCUGACCCUGCUGCCUCCAACCCACUGAGUCCUGGGAUUCCAGACUUGUACCACCACAUUCAGUUUUAUGUGGUACAGGGAACGGAACCCAGGGCUUCAUGCAUGCUAACCAAAUACCCGACCAACUGAAGUACCUGAGCCCAGCUGCUAAUUUACUUUACAGUAGGUAAUAGUUAACGUGGCUCAAAGUCAAAAAGUAUAAAGUACUAUUAUAAUAAAGCUCUUCUCAUUCCGAUUCUUCAGCCACUGCUUCACCCUCAGAGUCAACCAUGUCUCUGCAGGGGUGAUACAACAUUAUGUAAUCACAUCUGUCUGUGUGCACAAGGAGUAUAACAUAAAACUAUAUAGCACGUAUAUAUCCUUCCCCGCUUCUAUUGAACAUAUAUAUCUAUAUAUAGCUUAAUCAAAUAACUUAUAAGAAUUCAUAGUAGAGUGACUGUGUCCUUAUCUUAGCAGAAAGUCAACUGUGGGUCUCUUCCCCUGAUUCAGAACUAGAUGGCCCUGUUUCUCGCUCCCUCAGGCCGGACUCAGUGCGUCCAGGCUCUUCCCCCCUCCUCCCGGCAGUUCUUCCUGCAUGCUAGUGACCUCUCACCCACAGCAGACGGGUGCCUGAAAAUAAUUCUGUUCGGAUGAGAGCUUUACAGAUGGCUUUCUUUGCGGCAAAGGGGGCUCCCCAGAAGUAUGUUCCUAGGGAUGGGUCCCACAUCCUUGUAACUUAGGUUCUGCUAAGUCCUCUGAAAGCAAGGCUACUCCUACUCAGCUUGACUUCGUGUUAAUGGCUGCUCCUCUUCUCUCAACUCAUGCCCUCCAUCAGGCAUGAGAGCCACUGUCUAUAAGAGACCUGGGAGGCACUUCCUACACACGUGUGGACAUUUGGGAAGUGGGAGCAGACGCUUCUGUGUCUCCAGUUCUACAGGAGUUUUGUCUCCUACCUUCCUGGGCGAAAAGAGUCUAGCACUCAACCCCUCCUUGAAGAAAACUUGACAUUGUAUCAGAACACUGUGGGCCUCCAGCAGCUGUAUCUGUCCCCUUUGUGUAAUAAUAGUAGAUGCGAAUCUACCUGGACAGAGGGGUGGCUGCCAUCUUGCCUGUCUCUGUAUAACAGACGACACUCUUGGUCACGAUCAGUGGCCUAAUGAUAAUUAUGAUCCCACAGUCCUCAGAGCCUACUUUGCCAGCACUCACUCUACAAAUCCUGUUGGCCAAUUUGAAACCAAAGUCCUCGGCCUGGAUAUUGGCUCUGCGUAUGUUCCUUGAAAACGCAACGGAGGGUAGUUUAAAGUCCCCGACCUUUCGCUGAGGUGGUAGAAGAAAGCAUCUCUAAAACUGUGACACUGUUCCCAUAGACACACAUGCUGACACACAAUGGAGCUGGCAUAAAACAACAUUGUUAGAUAUCGUUAGAUACAGCACUGGGGGAGCAUAGGAAGAAAGUGGCAAGAGAAGACUAAGGUCUUAGAAUGUUAUGGUAGUGGCAUGGAUGUGGUUCUUAGUACGUACAAAAGAGGGUAUGUGGGCAGAGAAUGCUAAAUCCAGUCUAGCAGAGAGCGGUUCAGUGGCCAUGCGUGAGUGGGAGACUGGGAUGGAAUGUCCUCUUGUGGAGUGGUCAUCUGAAGGAUGGACUUGUAUGGCUCCAGGGAGGAACAUCUGUCCAGGAGGAUACUUCUCCCGAUUGGUGUCUGUCUAGGGCAUUAGUGCACUCAGAGGAGUCUUGAAUUCUUAACUGAUUGGUUGUGACAGGCCAACUAAUGGGACAUUCUGUACACCCUGCAUUGUUUGAUAUUAGGUAAAUUCAUAAUGCAGUGAGCUGGCUCAUGAUGGAAGAGAGUACGUAGCCAGCUCCCCACAAAAAGUACCUGAAAGUCUCAGUAAGCUUCCCGGGCUGAUACCCUUGAACUCCCCAAAGUCUCCCAUCUUUAGCAAAGUUGAAUUUAUAAGGCUGAGACAGAAACUGCAUUCACCAAUGGCAGGGUUCUCGUCUCCUGCAACCGCUAAAGCAAAAGCACUUCAUUGUUUCUGAUCUGUUCCCAUUUGGGCCCAGGCUGGAGCUUUCCAUCUCCAGGUCUCUUUAUCCACCCUAAGAGCCCAGGAGGAGCUGUAGGUUGUCUUGGCUGGUAUUUUUGGCAGUAUGCAGUCUGUAGAUUCAGGUUACCCAAAGUGAUUAUUCAAAAUAGUAAUAUCUACCAAAAAAAUGUAUUAUCAAGUCUGAAAGCUGUCUAGACGAUCCAGCUUUUGUACAUAGGUCAACAGCAGUGAACACGGGCCUUCCACUUGCUCUAGAACCAUUGAGUGCAAAUCAUUUUAAAGUGUAGGCAGCAUGUAUGCCAGCUCAUCCACCAUGUAUCAUUGGUACCCUGUUGGGAAUGAGCCUGCGCCUCCCUGCCUACCCAGGUCAUCACAUGAGAGACAGCAAAGAGUUGGUGAUCCCUUGCAUAUUUUCUUAAGGCGAACGUGUUGAAAGUGAAUUUUUUGUUGUGUCUAAUACUGUGACAUGUCAGUAUAAGUAGUCCGUUUCCUUCAGUAAGCUUCUUCAGUGAUGUGACCAUAUGGGUUGUUUCUGUGUGAUGUUCCUGAUGGCCAAAGUCCCGAAAGUGUCUUUUCAUUUCACAGUGGUUUGACCACUGAGCUGGACAAAUCUUGAAGUUCACCUGGGAGCAUGGGUGAGGAUAGGGGAAUCCCAAGAAGAAGCCUUCAAGAAAUGUGGGCCUGUAAGAUGUCUUUUAAAGGUUGAAGGCAGGUCUUUGGAGGGGCUUGUGGGAACUCAUUCUCUUUUGCUUCCUGGUGAUGCCGUGAAUGAUUUUGUUCUGGUACGAUGUGUUGCCUUGCCACAUGCCCAAUGGCAUGGAACCAAAUGACCAUGGACUGGAAACUUCAAAACUGUGAGCAAACACCAAACUUUUUGUUUAUAAGUUGAUCAUCUCUGGUAUUGUGUUAUAGUGAUGAAAAGCUGACCAGCACAAUGUUGUACCUGCAUGCCUACACACCCAGUCUCCAUGCCUGAGACUGUGCGUCUUAUGUUUAACUCUAGCUCCUGGCACAGGUGGGUUCUUAGGAAGUAGUUGUGAAAAUGCACUUUAUGGUUUUUUGAAUGAUUAAUGAGCCUAAAGAAUAGCUUUGGAAAAUAGAUAUCUUGGCUAUUAAGCUUGGAAAAGUUUUAUUUUCUGAUACAAGGUUGUACUCAAAAUGAAAAUAUAUAUGCCAGCAAAUUUCUAAGUGGAUCCAUAUCUUGGUUGUAUGGGUUUAUGUGUUGUGAGACAAGAAAUGCUGGUGCAGGUUUUGCCUCCUGGAUACGUGUACAGUCAAGAUGGACGUUCAGAUCUCAGCAGAAUGAAUUCACCGCUUAUCCUGUGCAGACAAGUGACCAUUUCAUAAAACAUUUCAUGUGUGUUAUAAGAAAUUAAAACAGCAGAAAAUUUAAAUAAAGGAAAAAUUCCUGAACUA